UAUUGUAAGGCAGAUUGAUUGAGUUUUUACGUCAGUUGGGAGUAUAAACUGUAGAAAUUUUUAGGUAGUCCCAUUAGUUGUGUACUGAAUUGCCACAAGGGGGCACUGUUUGCGUGCAAGAGUUUUGAAGGAAUUUUAGAGAUGUAUAAGGAGCGAAGUUUCAUAAAAGAACCAGAAAAUGUAGGUUGUAUUACAGUUCAUGCACCAAUAUUACGAAAGGAACUUUCAAGGUACACGACCUGCGAUGAUCAGUCGAGUGGCAUACAGGUACGCAAGAAAAACAGUUAUGUUGAAAUGACUAGGCGUCCAUGGUCAUCGCCAAAUCCAAGUCGUUCAAAUAUGACCCUAUCAGCUGCUAGUCGGUCCACUAUAGAUCAGGGGGGUAAAAUUCAGAACUGGUUAAGUGAAAAAGCAGUCAAAGGAAUUCAACAAAAUGCUGAUUUGGAAUCACUGGAAACAAGAUCAUUGUACAACCCAAUUCUACACCGUGAAAAUACAUUUGUGAGGGAUGUAGAUAACUUUCUUCUCAACAAAUCCUACCUCGAUAAUCGUAAGAAAGAAGUGCUUUACAAAAAAUGGCAGGAAAGAGUGAGUGAACCAAUAGAAGAACAGAAACAGAAUGCAGUCAAAGUGGGAUAUGCAGAGGUUGAUAGCAGAAAGAGAAAGCUUUUUGAAGAGUACUUAGCACAUACUAAUAAAAAGGGUCAUGUUUUUCUAGAUACAUUUGACCAAAGGGAAUAUGACCCUUUGAGUUUGUGCCAUCCUCGACCAGCGCCUUUGGUCGCAAAGACAAAAAGACUUUCAGAUCCACUUUUAAUGCAGGAGCAAAAUAGAAACGAAGAAGGCAGAAUAAUCUUUGGUUGUACUUCAGGGGAACGUCUUUCAGAUCGGGAAAUAGAGCAAUACAGACUGCCGCCGCUGCCACUGGUUCCGCUUGGCCGACACGGCACUGAGUGUAGGACAUGGCUAGCAAUGCCACUCACUGACAUUGAAAGCCCAGUAAGACGUCAAAGCAGGCGACGUAUGCAUGGUACUUUCAACGACCUCCAUUUUGAUGUGCGGGGAUGGGCGGCAGGAAAUCACAACGGCAAACUAGUUGACGAUGAAAUGAACAUACAGAAGAGACGUCGGUUCUUGCAGUUUCACCCUGCUAUAGGGACAGCAAGCCUAGGUCACAGCUCAUCCCAGACAGAGCAAGAAGCUGCCUCUUGAUCUCGGCUUGUUGGCUGGUGUUCCACCAACAGAAAUUCAGAGAGAAAUUAUAUUUAACGUGCCAACCUAAGUUUACAAAAGGCUAUUAUAAAUUGAUUCUAAUCUGUAUAAUUUUAAUUUUAAUUUUGUAUUUUCUUGCUGAAAACAAUGAAAAUCAGAUAUAAUGGUUGUUAUUUGAUAUUCAGUUAUGGAAAGGAAUAAUUACUAAUGCGAUAAAUCAUACCAAAGUGACUUCCUUUUCUAUUGUAAUUGUUAAGCCAGACACUCACUGCAUCGUACAACGAAUCCAACAUCACUCCAUGUGAGCACUAGAUGCAGUAUGCGCGGCUGAUUGUCGGUGGCAGUCUGAAGCGAUCAUUAUUAGAAAUGAUACUUUGCAUGCACGUCGUGGCGUUGCGUUCUCCAUAGAAUCGCGUUGGCCGACGACCGUCGUGUCGAGUGAGUGCCUGGCUUUAAAGCGAGAAAGUAAAUUUGUAAAUAGUUAACCCAGAUUCUAUUCACUUUAUCGGCAGCCUUCUUCCAAGCUUGUGCAUGACAAGUAUGUGCUAAGAAAGUCUGCAUGAAAUGAGCCUAUAGCUAAAUAUAACUAUUGCCAAUUUAAAUUUUACUACGACCCAAUUCACAUGGGACAUAAGGUUACACAGAAAGUGUGCUGGUGAAAAUUUGCAAUCCAUCAUCUAAUUAUAAAAGCGCUGGUAUCCAUCAAACAAGAUGCUCAUUGUACUUAAUGUGUGGAUUAGUAGUUCGUUUAAUGAAGUAUGCUUCCUUGGUGUACUGUUUUGUGUCAUUAGCGUUAAGUGUGUUUAUGCAUGUGUGUACUACUGUAUUUGUGUAUAAAAAAACAGCAUCGCAGAACUCUGUAACGCUCACUGAGACUUGUCAUUGAUCUGUGGGCAUAGUUAGAGUGGAGCUAUGUUGCCUGUGAAGUCACCCACAAAGCGUAAAAACUUACCAAUCCUUACUUAGGAAAAUCAAAAGCUCAUAAUAUUGUACCAAUUUGCAUGUGUGAAGAAAUCUUAGUAGGACUAUCUUUGGAAGUUGAUAGAACAUUUAGAAUUUUGUCUUGUGCUUAUCAAGUAUAAGAAAAAAUCUAAACAAACAUUACGUAAGCUUUCUCUACAGUACUUUCAAUCCAUAUAUUCAAUAACAAUCAAUCAGUAAUUCUUGUUGGUGGUUAGUUAUACUUUUAUUGAAAUAUGUGCAUGCUAUACAUCAGUGGUUCUACUAUCACUUUUAAUAAUACAAUUUUAAUUUAUUCACUAUAUAUAUAUAUAUAUGUCAUUGAUUUAAAUUAAUUUUUAAAAUAUAGUAUGCUUCCUAUGUCUUUCCAAUUUAAUGCCUUCCAAAUAAUGAUGUCUUAAUAAAAAAAGUGAAAAGUAAUUGUAAGUUCUGUAUGUGAUUAUGCUUUGCAAGCAGAUAAUUCAUUUAAAAUUCGGUAUCGUUUCUGUAACCAUUGAUGUUUGGGAGUGUCAAUCGAACGUGUCUUUUAUGAAAAUUGGAAAAUACUUGCCGUAUGUAAUGUAAAUGAGUUUAAAUUAUAAUUUUUUUUGAUUUGUAAAUAGAUAAUUCAUAUUAAAUUUGGUAAUGUUUCUGUCACCCCAGUGGGCCUUUUCAGAGUGUCAAUCAAACUUAGUAGUAAUCGACCAAUCAGAAAGGGGCUAGGAACACAUGUGCACGUCCCCUGAAUGCAGGUGAAUGUUAAUUGUUUAAAAAACAGGAGAGUUUUCCUUAGUCAUUCCAGGUCAAUGAUGUCUUUUUAAUACAAAGAUUAAAAAAAAUAAUUGCAGUUGCUGUGUAUAUACGAAAGUAAAUUAUAUUGUCUUGUAAAUAAUUCAGUUUAAAUUAGGCAUUUUUUGAUAAUUUUGUAGCAGUUAAUGAUUAACUGGGUGGGCAUACAUUGUGGAGAGUGGGUUAUUAUUUUGUUAACGCCAUGCUUGGUGUGUAUAAGCGUUUAUUUGUAAUUGUCAGGACCUCGUCCUGCAUUCCUGCCAUUGUACCCCCUUUUACUUUUUGCAUUUGACUUUUUCCCACUGAUUAUGUAUGACAUGUGCUAUCGGAGUCUGUUUAGACAUUAUUAAUUGUGGCUGACAUUGUGACCUCUGACCUCCCUGGACAGACAAUUUAUUUCCGGCUUUUCUUUGGUAAUUUUUGUUGAUAUUAAGUUUCUAAAUUACGACUGUCAUGGACCUAAUUUUCAUUACUGUAAAGCGUUGCAUUGUCACUGGGCUGUUGUAGUUAUAAUGUUGAUAUGUUGUUCAUCAUUCCAUUCUGCUAUAGACAGAAUUAUCAAGUUAAAUAAUCAUGAUAUGCUUAUGUAUGGGGGAAUUGGGAAUUUACGAUAUUAUCAUUGUGAUUGGACUUUAGCAUCUCCUGGAGGUUUUAGUCCUAUUCGUUGUUACAAAUUCAUUCCUCCAUAUUUAGUUCCAAACGAUAGAUUCCACCGAUGUUUAUGUUUGCUAAUGAAAUAUUUACCAUUUUAAGUAUACAACCGGUAGUGGCUUCAGAGUUAGGUAUAACUUGUGACAAUUCGUUUAUUUAAUCCCUGUUGUAUGUUGUAAACAAGUUUAUUAUUAAUGGUGUAAACAGCUUCUUAAUGGUGUACAACUUCAUCUUUGUUUGAUACAUGCAUGACGAGUUGAUUAGCGGAGAAAUGUUUCCUCAAUGUAAUCUUGUUUGAACUUUGAAGCAUUAUUGGCUGGUGUUCCAUUCAGAGUUACUCAUUAUGGCUUCCUUAUUUAAGUAAUGAUAUUUACUAAACUUUUUAGUGAGCUUCUCAUACAAGAUGUGCUUUCACGACACCUGUACUCACACAUGUGAACCCCACCCAUUUUCUUAAAUACUUCGUCAUAAACUAUAUUAAAAAUAAAGUAAUUAAAUAAUUGUUUACGCCUUAA